GUCAUUUCAACCAACAUUACCUUUUGUUUUUGUUUUUUCUCAGCAAAAAUUCCUUCAAAUAAUAUUCCCACCAUGGGGAAAAGAAAGAACAACUGCUGAAAGCACCCGAUCUAGAAAGCUAUAUAAAUUCCCUUCUCCAGCUCAGAUACAUAAAAAGCCUUUUGCUUUCAUGGCAGAGCAAAUUCUAAACCGUCCACAAAGUUUUAAUUUUUUUAAUUAAAUUUUAAUUUUUUAAUCUUUGGGUUUUUCUUUCCUUUACUCAAGUAUUCCUUCCACUUUCUCAAGCCAAGAAUCUCUUCUUCUCUUUGCUUACAUUCCCUCCUUCCGAUUCUUCUUCCUUCUUUUUAUCUUUCCCUCUAUCUCUGUCUCCCCUCUUUUAACAAUGCUUCUUUCUGUCUCCCUCUUCGCUUUCUCUCCCCCUCCAAUUCUUUCUCCUCUUGGUGUCGUUUUCAUCCAUAUAUUCCGGCGAUUGUUAAUAAAUAUAUUCCUUCGCUUCCACCACCAUGGCUCCUCCUCCUCCUCCCUCAAAUGUCAACCAUCUUUCUCACCCUUGCAUCUACGGGGACUUUGCUUCUUCAUACGCAGAGAGAAAAUCAAGGCUUAUGAAAUGGCUGGGAAAGCUUUUCAAGACCAGCACAAGUAGUCGCCGAGGAGGCGGUAGUGGCGGCGGUAGCGGAACUGGUGGCUAUAACCCACAUUAUCUAGGGGAAGAAAACAUGGUUGUUCGUGCUCCGGCUAGAAUGCCGGAUGGUCGCCCUAGAUUGAGAAAGGAGCAAGAGGAAUUAGAUCAUGCAAUGGCACUUUCUUUGUCUGAAGGUUUGGGAAAACCAAGUGGUUAUAAUGAAUGGUGGACCGAUGAUAAUUAUGGUGGAGCUUUACCAAGGGCAGCCGAUAAUGGUAGCAUGAAUUCAUCAACAUGUCCUCCUUAUGGCACGUUGCAGUAUCAUCCUGCUGGGAGUAGAGUAUGUUCUGGCUGCCAUUAUGACAUUGGCUAUGGCAAUUAUUUGGGAUGCAUGGGAGUAUACUUUCAUCCUAAUUGCUUCCGUUGCCAUUCUUGUAAUUAUCCAAUCACUGAGCAUGAGUUUUCUUUGUCAGGGAGGGAUCCAUAUCACAAAACUUGCUUCAAAGAGUUGACACAUCCCAAAUGUGAAGUUUGUCUCCAAUUCAUUCCCACAAAUGAAAAUAAUUUAAUAGAGUAUAGAUGCCAUCCUUUUUGGUCCCAAAAGUAUUGUCCAUCGCAUGAGCAUGAUAACACAGCUCGCUGCUGUAGCUGUGAACGUCUGGAGUCUUGGAACGUAAGAUACUAUUCCCUGGAAGAUGGACGGAGUCUAUGCUUAGAGUGCAUGGAAUCUGCAAUCAUGGACACUGGUGAUUGCCAGCCUCUUUACCAUGCCAUCAGAGACUAUUACGAAGGAAUGAACAUGAAAUUAGACCAACAAAUGCCCAUGCUUCUUGUUGAAAGACAAGCACUUAAUGAAGCCAUUGUUGGAGAGAAAAAUGGAUAUCAUCACAUGCCUGAGACAAGGGGUUUGUGUCUCUCUGAAGAGCAGACUGUCACCAGUAUACUAAAGAGACCGCGAAUUGGAGGCCGCCAACUUAUUGGAAUGAGAACUCAACCUCAAAAGCUGACGAGGAAAUGUGAAGUUACUGCCAUUCUUGUUCUUUAUGGUCUUCCAAGACUGCUAACUGGGGCAAUUCUCGCCCAUGAAUUAAUGCAUGGCUGGUUACGCCUCAAAGGUAGAGAGGUGUAUCAAUCCUCAGUCUUGGAUAAAUUUUCUCAAUGCUUCUAUAAUUUUUUUUGUUUGUUCAUUUUCUCCGCGAAUAAUGCAGGUUUUCGAAAUUUAAAUCCCGAGGUAGAGGAAGGUAUCUGCCAGGUUCUAUCAUACAUGUGGCUGGAAUCUGAAGUAUUGCCAGGAUCAAGUAGCAACAGGGCAUCUUCAUCAGCAGCAGCUUCUUCAUCGUCUUCAUCCUCAAAGAAAGGAGGAAAGUCUAACGUAGAAAACAAGCUUGGUGAGUUUUUCAUGCACCAAAUUGCCAAUGAUUCUUCCCCCGCCUAUGGGGGAGGGUUUAGAGCCGCCAAUGCAGCUGUCAAUAAAUAUGGUUUACGUCGUACCUUAGACCACAUACGCCUGACAGGGAAUUUCCCAUUGUAAAACUCUGAUCCUGUUACCCUCCUUCCCCCAUAGUUGUACCUUGAUCAAGAAAAAGAAAAAGAAAGAUAAAAAAAAAUUCAGUGCUUAUGUUACAAGUAUUCAGGUCAUGACAGAAGAUUGAAACAGCUUCUUCUCCCCAAAAUUUUCAUGGGGUCACCAUGACAAACAUGCGGUUAAGAUGAUGUGUCAAGCUCAUAAUAACUUGUUUGAUUGUUUGUUUAAU